UUUUUCUGUGGGGCGCCUAUCUGGACAGGCACGAACAUGACCCCGGACGGAUACGUGCUGCCAUGUUUCUCAUGCUCUUCGUGGUGACAUGCUCCGAGUUAGGUCUCCUCCUGGCAGGAGUCGUUAGCUUAAAGACUACACUGCUGGCGCUGUUGGUGAACUGCUGGGGCGGCUUAGAUGCUCUGCUCCGCUUCCCCGCAGCCCAUGACCUGGAGUCGUGGUUCUCUGCAAAGCAAUUUGGUUUGCUGCUGGUGAAGACUGUGACCUAUGCGUUCGGCUUCAUCGGGUUCAGGAUGCAUAUCGGAAAGUUUAUCGCGCUCAUCUUGCUCAAUGUGUGGGGUCUCCCAGUGCUCUAUCUCAUGGCUCUGCCUCUUGACCCCUGUGAGCAGGUGGCGCAGGACGAAUACGACAUCGACCUCGUCAUUCGAGUCUGGCAGCUGGCAGUGUGCUCCAAGGAGCGGCGGAAAUGCCUCGACACCUGCAGAUGUUGGUGGAACAGGAAAUUGGUUGCGGCGUCUGAGCAGUCACCCCUCGCCCGCAUGGCGAUUUGUGCAGCCAGCCCUCACUACCGGAGAGCCUUCAGCAAGAAGGGCAGAAGCGUGUGA